GUCUGUACUACAGGAGGGGCGGGAAAGUGUGUCACUGGGGCACGAGGCGCUCCCCGCGGUCACGUGGUCCCGUUUUCUGCCGCGUGCGGGGCCGGCGGCCCCCGCAGCAGCCUGCGUGAUGCGCGCGCGCCUUGUUUGAAAAAAAACCUCCAGGCAGAGACAGAGAGGCGCGUGCAGUGAAUGACAGGCUCCUCGUGCGGCAGACAGACACCAGUGAAGAAGAAGAAGAAGAAGAAGAAGAAGAAGAAGAAGAAGAAGAAGAAGAAGAAGAAGAAGAAGAAGAAUGGAGUAAACCGAACACACUGCUGCGGGUUCGGUUCUGAUCUGCGUUCAUGUCGGAAGUAUCCGGGAUUUAUUGAAACGGCUCUCGUGCGGCUCUGUCGGAGGUCAGGAUGACGACGGCCAUGGACACAAACAACAACAACAACAACAACACAGGAGGUGUGAUCUCUUACGUGGGUCCAUGUGGAGGCUCUCCGACCCGGACCAGUCCAGUCUCCAUGUACAGUGAGAACUCCAACUCCCAGCCCUGCUUCACCUCCUCCUCCUCCUCCUCCUCUUCAACUCCAUCCUUCCUCAGCAGCAGCUCCAGUUCGGGCUCUGCAGGAGAUGACGGCUCCUCCUCGGCCUCCUCCUCAGCAGGAGGUUCUCCUCGAGGCCGAGACGACGGAGGCUCUCUGAGGGUGUCGCCCAGCAAGUCUGUGGCCAGUCUGACCAAGCUGAAUGGCAUCGUGCUGCUGUGUAAAGUCUGCGGUGACGUGGCUUCAGGUUUCCAUUACGGAGUCCACGCCUGUGAAGGCUGCAAGGGUUUCUUCCGUCGCAGCAUCCAGCAGAACAUCCAGUACAAGAAGUGUCUGAAGAACGAGAGCUGCACCAUCGUCAGGAUCAACAGGAACCGCUGCCAGCAGUGUCGCUUCAAGAAGUGUCUGUCUGUGGGCAUGAGCCGCGACGCGGUUCGUUUCGGGCGGAUCCCAAAGCGUGAGAAGCAGCGGAUGUUGGCUGAGAUGCAGAGCGCCAUGAACAACAUGGUGAACAACCAGCUGCAGAGCGACUUCCAGCUGGCCAGCCUCUCCUCUUCAUCCUCCUCCUCUUCAUCCUCCUCCUCCUCCUCCUCUCCCUGCCUGGGGGUGACCAUAGCCCCUCAGCCACAGCCCUCCGCUCUGCCCCUCGCUCCUUCCUCCCCCUCUCCUCUGACGGCAGCCACCUCCUCCUCACCCCCUCCUCUUCCUCCUCCACCCUGUCAGAGCCCCUCCCCCUCCUCCUCCCCUCCUCCCAGUCCCGGGUUGGAGUCCACCAUCAGCACCAUCGCACGCGCUCACCGUGAGACCUUCCUGUACGCUCACGACAAGCUGGCCAAUCCCCACACAUCACCUCAGCAGCAGCAGAAUAACCACACCCACCACUACAACGGGGAGGCGGAGCCCUGGGGGCCAAACCGCUGCCCCAACGGUUUCCAUGCCAACGGCCUCAAUACCAUCUAUCACCAUAACAACAACCUGGGGACGGGUCGCCACCUGCCGCCAGACAACGACCGAAACAUCACGCAUCAUCAGCACAGCAACGGGAGGCGGAGCCUGCAGCACAGUAACGUGACUGCAGGAGACAGACUCAGUGAUCAUGUGACUGCGGGGCAGAACUGUCCAAUGAAGAACCAAACAGGGAUAGUGCUGGCCUGUCCAAUGAACAUGCAGCCUCACGCUGACCCCUCAAAGACGCCCCAGGAGAUCUGGGAGGACUUCUCUCUGUCCUUCACGCCCGCAGUGAAGGAGGUGGUGGAGUUCGCCAAACAUAUCCCAGGAUUCAGUUUUCUGUCCCAGAACGACCAGGUCACCCUGCUCAAAGCCGGCACCUUCGAGGUGCUGAUGGUGCGCUUCUCGUCCCUGUUCAACGUGAAGGAGCAGACGGUAUCCUUCAUCUCUGGCGCCACCUACAGCCUGGCGGAGCUGAGGGCGAUGGGGAUGAGCGAGCUGCUGGGCGCCAUGUUUGACUUCAGCCACAAGCUGGCCACACUGGAGCUGAGCGCCCAGGAGCUGGGACUGUUCACCGCCGUGGUGCUGGUGUCUGCAGAUCGGUCCGGUAUCGAGAAUGUGGCGUCGGUGGAGACGCUGCAGGAGAACUUGAUCCGAGCGCUGCGCUCGCUCGUCAGCAACAACCAUCAGGGGAACGUGGAGUCGCCGCGCUUCACCAAACUGCUGCUGAAGCUGCCCGACCUGCGGACGCUCAACAACAUGCACUCAGAGAAGCUGCUGUCCUUCCGUAUCGACGCUUGAUGACCUCACUGAUGAUGUCACUGGCUUUACGCACAGACUCAGAUCAGCGUCACUUCCUGUGCCUGCUGAUGAUGAUAAAUAUCACACGGUGCUCUCCAUCGCCAUGACAACGGCUCAUUACAUCAUUGUCCCUGAUGUUAUGGUAAUGCUGAUGAUGUCAUCAACAGAAGUGUUCAGCACACAGCUUGCCGCCAAAAUAAGAGUCUGUAGUGUGCAGAUUACAUCCUGACAGGCCAACUUACAGGAACAGCGCGAGUCCUUAAGCAUUUAAGAGUGUUUAGCUUAGCUUAGCACAAAGACUGGAAGUAGGGGGAAACUGUUAGCCUGUUGCUGUGAAAAAUAAUGCUGAAAAUGCUUUCAUCAGCCCGCGGGUCAGGUGUGCAUUUAUUAUUAAAUUGUGAUAUUCAGGUAUGUGGGAAGUUUUUAACUUAAAAAGAAAAACUGAGACCCUCAAAUAAAGAUAGAUUGGUUCAAAGAAAGUCUGAUUUCCAUUCAAUCCUGACGGACUCACAGCCGUUCACAGAGACAUGCAGGAGACACUGUGCCUUCAACCAGCCGCUCUCAGCCACGUUACCUGCUCAGGCCUGUGAGAGCUGGCCAAUCAGAGCAGCCUGGGCAUUAUGGGAGGCGGGGUCUUAAAGAGACAGGAGGUCAGAGGCUGAACAGAGGUGCUGCAGUAACAGUAUGAGAAGAAUAAUGUCUAGAAUAAAAGUCUGAACCUGAAUGUGAGCCAGCUGUGGGAACAGUACUGUGAUGGUUCGACUUCAGGACAGAGCUUGUUAACUUACAACAUGUUAAUUAGAUUCAAGUUACUAUUUUUUCCUCUCUGGCUCGUCUUUGUGCUAAGCUAGCUGAGGGAUGAAAACAUCAGACUCUUCCAGGAGACACGACAUCCACAACUUCCAAACACCGUGGUGACUCGACACAGAGAAACGCUGGUGUGGAUUUAUGAUGUCGUCGAUAUUUAACUGGGAAUGUUUGUUUUUGUUUGAAUCCACCGACACCAGCCAAUAGAGCGAAGGAACAGCAGUGACGGACAGCUCAGCUGACCAAUGAGACAGAGGAGGAGAGACGCGUUUAAUUAGAAAGUCAGACUCUGACCAACUUUGUGCAGCUGAUCUUCUGUACAAACUGUAAAUAAAUCCAGUUAUGCUUGAACUGUUUGAAGAACUGUGUUUGGCACAGAAAGAUAUAUUAUACAUCUAUAUUUUUUGUUAAUAUGAAAAUAAGCCUGUGCAAAUAUUAUGACUGUGGGGCACAAAGUGUUUGAAACUGUGUUGAGUCUGAAAUGCAUCUAAUGACACGAGAUAUUCAGAUGUUUGUACUUUAACCUGUUUUAUGUUGUAAAGACAUUAUAUAUAAAUACAGGAUAUAUAAAUUACACUUCAGAGUU